GUCACAUGACGUUGAGAUAGAUACACUAGUGUUUAAUUUGACACGAUGAUGUAAACCACUUUCCUGGCAGGAGUGACUGUUAAUAGUCAGCACUUCAAAAUGUCACAUCGGAAUCAUCGGACACUGUUCCGGCUCGGUGUCAUGGUGGCGGUCGCCGUUGUUUUACUGUCAUGUAACCGAGCUCUGGGCUUGUUAAAUUCACAACACACCUGGACAGAUAUGUCACAAAAUGGACAAAGCUACAUUGGCCGGGACCUUAAAUGGAUCGGAGAAGACCCAUUAUUGAAACAACGAAGUUUGAGAGGCGAUGGUAAUGUGGAGUGCCGUGACUUCCACACAAUGCCUAAUCUGACAGACAUCUGUAAGUUUGUGAACACGACAGACGACUGCCAGAUCGACGAAGGCUUCAUUGACUACACUGUGUUCGUGUAUUGCACUCUGGGUACUCUGGUUCCGCUGGCGCUAGUCAUACUUUUUCUGUGGUGGCUGUUCCUGUUUGUGGGUCUGGCGGUCACUGCAGAUGACUUUUUCUGUCCGUCACUGACUGUCAUAUCAAGGACCUUGAGGCUCAGUCACAAUGUGGCCGGGGUAACAUUUCUGGCAUUUGGAAAUGGAGCCCCAGAUAUAUUCUCUGCCAUCGCAGCUAUUGGCAGCGCCAAGAAUGGUGACGCAGGAAUGGCGGUGGGAGCUCUGUUCGGUGCGGGUGUGUUUGUGACAACUGUAGUUGCCGGGGUCAUCGCUGUUGUCUGCCCAUUCGAUGCCAUGCAGCGCCCGUUUCUCCGUGACGUCAUCUUCUAUCUGGCUGCUGCAUUCUGGACUUUCUACAUCCUCUGGAAAAAGACGAUAACAAAGUUUGAAGCAUUAGGGUUCAUAGGUCUGUAUGUGUUCUACGUGCUCGUGGUCGUCAUCGGGAGAUACAUCUACCAGCGAGGACGGCAUCGGCCCGAGGACCAGACCGUGAUAGUGCCGCCGCCAAGUGAGAAAUCACACAGCGAGGACUUGGGACAUGAGGACGAUGGUUCCCCCAAUUCUACAGUGUCUCUCAAUGCAGCAGAUGGCACCGCCUCAUCGCCAACGAAUCCCUAUAACAUUCAGGAGGAACUGUUGCAGGCCACGGUUUCCAUAGACACCAGAGGUCGGUCUCACUGGGGCUUGAGUCAAUGUCUAGGACCUGUACAAGUUGAUUGGUUACGCCAUGAAGCUAAUGAAAGAAGUCCACUACUAGAACAUGCCCAGGUUGAAAACUACACUCUACCAAAGAAGAGUUCUUCAGAAGGGGAGGACAACUCUGUUUUUAUGGAAUUCCUGGAAACUGUAAACCCCAUCGAUAUAGAGAACUGGCCUGACAAGAGGUUUUAUUCUAAAGGUUAUGAAAUUUUCAAGUGCCCGAUCAUGCUGAUGCUGAAGUUGACCAUCCCCGUGGUGGAUUACAGCAGCAACGACGACAACCACAACUGGAACAGACACCUCAACUCCCUACACUGUUUUACUGGGCCGGUGUUUGGAGUUUUCGCUACAAAAGUUGCGUUUGUGAAACUAAACGGUGUGUUCCCGUUGUGGGGUCUGGUAAUGAUCAUUGGCGGCGUCCUCGCCGUCUCAGUCUUCUGCGUCACCAGGAACACCGACAAGCCUCGAUUCCAUGCUUUGUUUGCCUACCUGGGUUUUGUUGUCGCUGUUGUCUGGAUCUACUCAGUCGCUAACGAGAUCGUCAACAUUCUGCAGACAUUUGGUAUUGUGUUCAACAUCAGCAAUGCCAUCCUGGGACUGACAUUCCUGGCCUGGGGCAACAGUAUAGGAGAUCUAAUAGCCGACUUUGCGAUGGCACGGCAGGGGUACCCUCGGAUGGGCAUCUCGGCCUGCUUCGGUGGCCCUCUCUUCAACAUAUUACUAGGCAUCGGAAUCCCCUUCACGAUUGGCACGUUUAAGAGAGGAGGAAGCUAUGAGCUGCGGCUGACGUUGGUGGAGCUGAUCCUGGCCGGCUUCCUCUGUCUCAGUCUCGUGUCCUCACUCAUCAUUGUGCCGCUCUCCGGGUUUCGAAUGUCAAGGCCAUACGGAAUAUUCCUCUUCAUCCUGUACGGGGUGUUCAUCACGGUGGCCAUGUUGGCUGAGACCAAUGUAAUCCAUGCCAACGUCUGAUGAGCUUUUGUAGUUGUCACCAUGACAACAGAUUACAUUGCAGUCAUCACCAUGACAACAAUUUCACAACCAUGUCACAGUUACAUUCCAGAUAGCUGUUGUUAAUGACACAGUUGCAUCUCAUUGGUUCUCUUGAGGUGUUGCCAUGGUGACAAGUAAGCAUGACAGAUAUCAAUCUACCCCUUUUGUUCUAUUUAGCCAUUAUCCUGGAUUAUACAGAGGGUGUAUAUAGCCUCGGUCAUAAACUGCCACUUAGUCUCUGAAAAAUAUAAUUUUGAUAGAAACAAUUCCCCUUGCAUUGGAAAGGAGCCCCAGUGAGAUGGGAGAUAGUGAACCUGAGGAUAUCUAGACUUGCUUCAUUUAGGGCAUUAUUAUUACAGAAAGGGCUUUAAGGAAGGGAAAUAAUAUGGUUCAGGGACUGAGACAGACUACCUAAACCUGUAUUGGAGGCUAUUGGUCUCCAAUCCUGUACGGGUCUCUUUUGGUUCACUGUGAACUUGUGCCUGUGAGUGUCCUGUAGGUGUCCUAAGAGCUUUGUUAGUUUCCUGUGAGUGUUUGGUUGACUGAGUGUCAUGUGUAGGUGUCCUGUGAGUUGGUUGGGUGUCCUACUAGUGUGUUGGUGAAUGCAGGUGUCCUGUGUGGGUGUGCUACUAGUGUGUUGGUGACUGCAGGUGUCCUGCUAGUGGGUUGGUGACUGCAGGUGUCCUAUGUGGGUGUCCUGUGAGUGUGUUGGUGACUGCAGAUGUCCUACGUUAUUGUCUGGUCUGUGUGAAUUUGCGUGUUGUCUGUUGAU